UCGAAUUAUGACCGAUGGUGGUUCAAACAUGGUAGCAGCUGGUUUUCAUCAAAUUCCAGGGUGGGAAUCAGGCGAAGUUGCAAAUGAAUCAAUGCCAGAUGAAUUCACUCACAUUGCUCCUUCUCAAGCCGAAGAUCGUAUCAAAGAUCGUUCAUCAACUGCAUCCACUGAGAAACCUGAAAGUGAUGAGGUUUUAUAGAACUUGAGAUUGACGAAGGAGGUUCUUCUUUGAUGGACAUCAUAGAUGACUUAUCAACCGUAUUAAAGGAAUUAACAGUUCCUGAUUUAGACACUCAAGAAGAACUUGAAGAAGUGGAACACGGUAUAGAUUUACAACUUCUAUCUUCUCCAUCAGUAUCUUUUCGAGAAGUCGUCGAGUACUGUCUUACUGCUACCUACAGAGCAACCUGCACAGCACACACACUUCAAUUGGUUGUUGGUGAUGCAAUGAAAGCUAUCUCAGGUUUGGGUUCGCAUUCAGCCCUUGCAGCAGUCGAACACGCGAGUAAGAUUGUCAAUUUUGUUCGUAAGAGCAACAAAGCAGUUGGUUUUCAUUUUGUAGCUAAAAAUGCAACUAGAUGGAAUUCUCAGUUAAGAAUGAUUGCAGCUUUACUUAAAGCAAUCGAUAAGGACCGCAAACUUCAAUCAAAACUUAAUGCAACUAAAAAGUGGGGAGAACUAUCCCAUCACGAACUCGGCAUGUUGAAAGAACUUACAAUUCUAGAAAUGAUUUCCAAAUCUGGUGAGUCUGACUGUGCCGUAGUAGCAGCCGUUAAAGCUGAAUUGGAAAUGAGAGCUCAACAGCUCCAAGUAUCAAAGCCCAAUUCAACUGAGAAGAAAAUGGAUGAGCCGAGUGAAAAUCAGUCUGGUAGUACUUCUGCUGCUGUCACUGAGGAAUUUGAUACAUUUCUAAAUGAGCCCCAUUCCUCGAUGAGAGAGUUGGUUGACCCGCUGAAAGCAAACGGACAAACAAAACCUCGAAGGUUAUUAAAAUUUUGGAAAAACAACGCCCAUCGUUUUCCAAUUUUGGCGUUAAUAGCCAAAGAUAUUUUUUCUGUUUCUGCUUCAAGUGGGAGCAUCGAACGUUACUAUCCAUCCACAGAAACAAAGCACCUCUAUGCUGCUGCUAUUGUUAAAGCAUUUCCUUGUCUUGUUACAAAGAUCCAGCAUCCUCAAGGGAAAAUGGAAAUAAAUCACGAUGUAUAUUUCCACCCUCAAGCUGGGGGAUUUAUUGAAAACCAUUUAAAAGAAAUGCGUAGACGAGAUGGAGUUCACAAAAGAAAGCCGAACAACAAACAGGCUCAGAGUUCCGGAAGUGAUGAUACACCAAAGAGAAAGAAUAAAAAGAAAGGUUUUUGGAUGAAACGUCAUUCGUCUUCCUCGAUUGAAUAUUCUACAAAGAUUUACCAGUACAUGGAGAAGACCUUCGAGCAUCGACAAAGGCAAAGUUUGAACAUAUUCAAGUCUGCUUCGGAUGUCCUAAAUGAAUAUCCAAGAUUCAUGGACGUUGACAAUGUUGCUCUAAUCAUUCGGGAUUUUCAAGCCAAAUAUCCACACAUUACGGACAGUACUUUCAGAAAAAGAUUUGUUGACAAAUUGUCUUCUUUCCCUGUUGUUGCUGGCAAGAAGUCCCUAAUUGUUCAGACGAUUGUCUGA